CCGUAUCAAUCAAAUAAAUCAAAAAUUUAUAGACACUAAGUCUUUCUCUUCCUUAUGAGUUACAAGCAAAACUCUUGAAUCGUGAGUUACGAUUCAUCACCAGAUCAUGAAUUUGAUUGUCAUCCCCGCCCCUAACAAACACAACAUUUAGAGAAGCCGAAACUAGCUCUUCCACCAAUUAGAGAAAAAAACCCAUGCAUAAAGAUACGUCCAACUAUCAGAACAUGAAAAAGCAGCAAAAGGAAAGCGGAUAGAAUUGUUUAAGGCCACGAAUGCAUCGAUCAGUCCAGACAUCACUGUACCGCCAGGUGGAAGCAUCCAUGGCGCCACCUGUCCAAAACCGUCAAGCCCACAAUGAGAUGAGAAAGAGCGUGGCCUCAGCUUUCAUUAUAGCGGCGGCCGUUAGGCCACUUGAUCGGUAUAUCUGCGUUGUUGCAUCACUCCCAUCACAUCUAUCCACAUAUCACAAUUUGUUCGGCGGUGGCUCCUCCUAAAUCAAACUGAAAUGUUUGGCCUCUCUGCUUUUGCUUCUGUGGAGAGCACAGCUCUAGGCGGGAUCAGGCCACACAGAUAAGGAACAAAAGCACGGCCCUCUCUUUCCAUGAAGGAAUACAACAAUCCACAGGGAUCAAAACCUUUCCAUCCUAUUCCUUCCUUCCUCUCGAUCGUGGAUUCGGGAAAUUGGCCUGGCCGUCACUUUCCGUUUUGUGGAAUAAAAAGCAGCCACCCCGCCCUUUUUUCUCCUUUGCUUCUUCGCAUUAACAACUUCCCAUUUCUCUUCCAGAGGCAGAGAUUCUUCCACCCCCCCCCCCCCCCCCCCCCCCCCCCCCCCCCCGUAUAUAUCCUUCUCUUUUAAAGAAACCCAUAAAUUGGUUUUCUUCACAUCCUUUCCAUUCCUCCACAAUAGGAGAGACAGAGAGAUGUGUCUCCAAGUUGUCCCUCCUCCUGCGUUUGGCCGCCGUCAUCGUCAUCAUCAUCAUCUGGUGCAUGGGAUUGGUGGUCAUGUGGCGGAGGAUGCAGGGGAGGCAGCAGAGAGAGUUAUAAUCGCCGGUGGUGGAGAUGGAGGAGGCGGUGGCGGGAUGAUGAGGUGGUGCGUGUGCUCGCCGACGACGCACCCGGGAUCUUUCCGGUGCAGGUAUCAUCGAGCUGGUUAUGUAUGGGGCGCCGCAGCCAGCAGAUCAAUGGCUACCGCCACCGCAGAAGCAUGCACAUGAUCAAGACAGCGUUGUUUGUAUAAGUAUGCUAAAAUCAGAGACCAAUUACAUGCUGUUAUUUGCUAUCUUAUCUUCUCUGUUCUUCUAAUCACAGAACAAGAGAAAAUCUCUGUAAUUAAAAACAGGACAUCCAUGAUGAAAAGCUGAAGCUUGAAUGGAUAGGUGCAUAUAGCAACUAUGGAAAUGUCAGGGGAUGCCAUUGGUGAAUCUUUGUGAAGAAAGGCAAAGCCCAAAUCCUUUCCAGGCAGACCGAGCUGUUCAAUACUCUAUAAUCCCUGCUCUUAAGGUUUCAGUAUCAGUGUAUCACCCAUCUGUUGAUUAAUGAAUUCUCUCAAUUCGAAGGAAGUUAUGGGUUGAUUGGAAAUGAAGAUGACUUUAGCUA